ACGUGGACGUGGACGUGGACGUGUGGACUUGGACGUGGACGUGGACGUGGACGUGGACGUGGACAUGGACGUGGACGUGGACGUGGACGUAGAAAUGGACGUGGACGUGGACGUGGACGUGGACGUGGACGUGGACGUGGACAUGGACGUAGACGUGGACGUGGACGUGGACGUGGACGUGGACGUGGACGUGGACUUGGACGUGGACGUGGACGUGGACAUGGACGACGUGGACGUGGACGUGGACGUGGACAUGGACGUGGACAUGGACGUGGACAUGGACGUGGACGUGGACGUGGACGUGGACAUGGACGUGGACGUGGACGUGGACGUGGACGUGGACGUGGACGUGGACGUGGACAUGAACGUGGACAUGGACGUGGACGUGGACGUGGACGUGGACGUGGACAUGGACGUGGACGUGGACGUGGACGUGGACGUAGACGUGGACGUGGACGUGGACAUGGACGUGGACGUGGACAUGGACGUGGACGUGGAUCUGGACGUGGACGUAGACGUGGACGUGGACGUGGACGUAGACGUGGACAUGGACGUGGACGUGGACGUAGAAAUGGACGUGGACGUAGACGUGGACAUGGACAUGGACGUGGACGUGGACAUGGACGUAGACGUGGACAUGGACGUGGACAUGGACGUGGACGUGGACGUGGACGUGGACGUGGACAUGGACGUGGACGUGGACAUGGACAUGGACGUGGACGUGGACGUGGACGUGGACGUGGACAUGGACGUGGACAUGGACGUGGACGUGGACGUGGACGUAGACGUGGAUGUAGAAAUGGACGUGGACGUGGACGUGGACCUGGACCUGGACGUGGACGUGGACAUGGACGUGGACGUGGACGUGGACGUGGACGUGGACGUGGACAUGGACGUGGACGUGGACGUGGACGUGGACGUGGACGUGGACAUAGACGUGGACGUGGACGUGGACGUGGACGUGGACGUGGACGUGGACGUGGACGUAGACGUGGACGUGGACGUGGACGUGUGGACUUGGACACGUGGACGUGGACGUGUGGACUUGGACGUGGACGUGGACGUGGUCGUGGACGUGGACGUGGACGUGGUCGUGGACAUGGACGUGGACCUGGACGUGGACGUGGACAUGGACGUGGACCUGGAUGUGGACGUGGACGUGGACGUGGACGUGAACGUGGACGUGGACCUGGACGUGGACGUGGACGUGGACGUGGACGUGGUCGUUGACGUGGUCGUGGACGUGGACGUGGACGUGGACGUGGACUUGGACGUGGACGUGGACUUGGACUUGGACAUGGUCGUGGACGUGGUCGUGGACGUGGACGUGGUCGUGGACGUGGACGUGGACGUGGAGGUGGACGUGGACUUGGACAUAAACGUGGACGUGGACGUGGACGUGGACGUGGACGUGGACAUGGACGUGGACGUGGACGUGGACGUGGACGUGGACGUGGACGUGGUCGUGGACGUGGACGUGGACAUAGACCUGGACGUGGACGUGGACAUGGACAUGGACGUGGACGUCGACUUGGACGUGGACGUGGACGUGGACGUGGACGUGGACGUGGAUGUGGUCAUGGACUUGGACAUGGUCGUGGACGUGGUCGUGGACGUGGACGUGGUCGUGGACGUGGACGUGGACGUGGACGUGGACGUGGACGUGGACAUGGACGUGGACGUGGACGUGGACCUGGACCUGGACGUGGACGUGGACGUGGACGUGGACGUCGACGUGGACGUGGACGUGGACGUGGACGUGGACGUGGACUUGGACGUGGACUUGGACAUGGUCGUGGACGUGGUCGUGGUCGUGGACGUGGACGUGGACGUGGACGUUGACGUGGACUUGGACGUGGACGUGGACGUGGACAUGGUCGUGGACGUGGACGUGGACGUGGACGUGGACGUGGACGUGGACGUGGACGUGGACGUGGACGUGGACGUGGAUGUGGACGUGGACCUGGACGUGGACCUGGACGUGGACGUGGACGUGGACGUGGACGUGGACGUGGACGUGGACGUGGUCGUGGACGUGGACGUGGACGUGGACGUGGACGUGGACGUGGACUUGGACGUGGACUUGGACGUGGACGUGGACGUGGACGUGGACGUGAACAUGGACGUGGUCGUGGACGUGGUCGUGGACGUGGACGUGGACGUGGACGUGGACGUGGACGUGGUCGUGGACGUGGACGUGGACGUGGAAGUGGACGUGGACGUGGACGUGGAGGUGGACGUGGAGGUGGACGUGGAGGUGGACGUAGACGUGGUCGUGGACGUGGACGUGGACGUGGACGUGGACGUGGACGUGGACGUAGACCUGGACGUGGACGUGGACGUGGUCGUGGUCGUGGACGUGGACGUGGACGUGGACGUGGUCGUGGACGUGGACGUGGACGUGGACGUGGACGUGGAGGUGGAUGUGGACGUGGACAUAGAUGUGGUCGUGGACUUGGACGUGGACGUGGUCGUGGACGUACACGUGGACUUGGACGUGGACGUGGACGUGGACGUGGACAUGGACGUGGACGUGGACGUGGACGUGGACGUGGACGUACACGUGGACGUGGACGUGGACGUGGACGUACACGUGGACGUGGACGUGGACAUGGACGUGGACGUGGAGGAGGACGUGGACGUGGACGUGGACGUGGACGAGGACGUGGACGUGGACGAGGACGUGGACGUGGACCUGGACGUGGAGGACGUGGACAUGGACGUGGACGUGGACAUGGACGUGGACAUGGACGUGGACGUGGACGUGGACGUGGACGUGGACAUGGACGUGGACGUGGACGUGGACGUGGACAUGGACGUGGACGUGGACGUGGACGUGGUCGUGGACGUGGACGUGGUCGUGGUCGUGGACAUGGACGUGGACUUGGACGUGGACGUGGACGUGGACGUGGACUUGGACGUGGACGUGGACAUGGACGUGGACGUGGACGUGGACGUGGACGUGGACGUGGACGUGGACGUGGACGUGGACGUGGACGUGGUCGUCGACGUGGACGUGGACGUGGACGUGGACGUGGACGUGGACAUGGACGUGAACGUGGACGUGGUCGUGGACGUGGACGUGGACGUGGACGUGGACGUGGACGUGGAGGUGGAUGUGGACGUGGACAUAGACGUGGUCGUGGACUUGGACGUGGACGUGGUCGUGGACGUACACGUGGACUUGGACGUGGACGUGGACGUGGACGUGGACAUGGACGUGGACGUGGACGUGGACGUGGACGUGGAUGUACACGUGGACGUGGACGUGGACGUGGACGUACACGUGGACGUGGACGUGGACAUGGACGUGGACGUGGACGUGGACGUGGACGUGGUCGUGGACGUGGACGUGGACGUGGACGUGGACGUGGACCUGGACGUGGACGUGGACGUGGACUUGGACGUAGACGUGGACAUGGACGACGUGGACGUGGACGUGGACGUGGACAUGGACGUGGACAUGGACGUGGACAUGGACGUGGACGUGGACGUGGACGUGGACGUGGACAUGGACGUGGACGUAGACGUGGACGUGGACGUGGACGUGGACGUGGACGUGGACGUGGACAUGAACGUGGACAUGGACGUGGACGUGGACGUGGACGUGGACGUGGACAUGGACGUGGACGUGGACGUGGACGUGGACGUGGACGUGGACGUGGACGUGGACGUAGACGUGGACGUGGACGUGGACAUGGACGUGGACGUGGACAUGGACGUGGACGUGGAUCUGGACGUGGACGUAGACGUGGACGUGGACGUGGACGUAGACGUGGACAUGGACGUGGACGUGGACGUAGAAAUGGACGUGGACGUAGACGUGGACAUGGACAUGGACGUAGACGUGGACGUGGACAUGGACGUGGACGUGGACAUGGACGUGGACAUGGACGUGGACGUGGACGUGGACGUGGACGUGGACGUGGACAUGGACGUGGACGUGGACAUGGACAUGGACGUGGACGUGGACGUGGACGUGGACGUGGACAUGGACGUGGACAUGGACGUGGACGUGGACGUGGACGUAGACGUGGAUGUAGAAAUGGACGUGGACGUGGACGUGGACCUGGACCUGGACGUGGACGUGGACAUGGACGUGGACGUGGACGUGGACGUGGACGUGGACAUGGACGUGGACGUGGACGUGGACGUGGACAUAGACGUGGACGUGGACGUGGACGUGGACGUGGACGUGGACGUGGACGUGGACGUAGACGUGGACGUGGACGUGGACGUGUGGACUUGGACACGUGGUCGUGGAUUGGACGUGGACGUGGACGUUGACGUGGUCGUGGACGUGGACGUGGACGUGGACGUGGACUUGGACGUGGACGUGGACUUGGACUUGGACAUGGUCGUGGACGUGGUCGUGGACGUGGACGUGGUCGUGGACGUGGACGUGGACGUGGAGGUGGACGUGGACUUGGACAUAAACGUGGACGUGGACGUGGACGUGGACGUGGACGUGGACAUGGACGUGGACGUGGACGUGGACGUGGACAUGGACGUGGUCGUGGACGUGGACGUGGACAUGGACCUGGACGUGGACGUGGACAUGGACAUGGACGUGGACGUCGACUUGGACGUGGACGUGGACGUGGACGUGGACGUGGACGUGGAUGUGGUCAUGGACUUGGGCAUGGUCGUGGACGUGGUCGUGGACGUGGACGUGGUCGUGGACGUGGACGUGGACGUGGACGUGGACGUGGACGUGGACGUGGACAUGGACGUGGACGUGGACGUGGACCUGGACCUGGACGUGGACGUGGACGUGGACGUGGACGUCGACGUGGACGUGGACGUGGACGUGGACGUGGACGUGGACGUGGACUUGGACAUGGACUUGGACAUGGUCGUGGACGUGGUCGUGGACGUGGACAUGGUCGUGGACGUGGACGUGGACGUGGACGUUGACGUGGACUUGGACGUGGACGUGGACGUGGACAUGGUCGUGGACGUGGACGUGGACGUGGACGUGGACGUGGACGUGGACGUGGACGUGGACGUGGACGUGGACGUGGACCUGGACGUGGACCUGGACGUGGACGUGGACGUGGACGUGGACGUGGACGUGGACGUGGUCGUGGACGUGGACGUGGACGUGGACGUGGACGUGGACGUGGACGUGGACGUGGACUUGGACGUGGACUUGGACGUGGACGUGGACGUGGACGUGGACGUGGUCGUGGACGUGGUCGUGGACGUGGACGUGGACGUGGACGUGGACGUGGUCGUGGACGUGGACGUGGACGUGGAAGUGGACGUGGACGUGGACGUGGAGGUGGACGUGGAGGUGGACGUGGAGGUGGACGUAGACGUGGUCGUGGACGUGGACGUGGACGUGGACGUGGACGUGGACGUGGACGUAGACCUGGACGUGGACGUGGACGUGGUCGUGGUCGUGGACGUGGACGUGGACGUGGUCGUGGACGUGGACGUGGACGUGGACGUGGACGUGGAGGUGGAUGUGGACGUGGACAUAGAUGUGGUCGUGGACUUGGACGUGGACGUGGUCGUGGACGUACACGUGGACUUGGACGUGGACGUGGACGUGGACGUGGACAUGGACGUGGACGUGGACGUGGACGUGGACGUACACGUGGACGUGGACGUGGACGUGGACGUACACGUGGACGUGGACGUGGACAUGGACGUGGACGUGGAGGAGGACGUGGACGUGGACGUGGACGUGGACGAGGACGUGGACGUGGACGAGGACGUGGACGUGGACCUGGACGUGGAGGACGUGGACAUGGACGUGGACGUGGACAUGGACGUGGACAUGGACGUGGACGUGGACGUGGACGUGGACAUGGACGUGGACGUGGACGUGGACGUGGACGUGGACAUGGACGUGGACGUGGACGUGGACGUGGUCGUGGACGUGGACGUGGUCGUGGUCGUGGACAUGGACGUGGACUUGGACGUGGACGUGGACGUGGACGUGGACUUGGACGUGGACGUGGACAUGGACGUGGACGUGGACGUGGACGUGGACGUGGACGUGGACGUGGACGUGGACGUGGACGUGGUCGUGGACGUGGACGUGGACGUGGACGUGGACGUGGACAUGGACGUGAACGUGGACGUGGUCGUGGACGUGGACGUGGACGUGGACGUGGACGUGGACGUGGACGAGGAGGUGGAUGUGGACGUGGACAUAGACGUGGUCGUGGACUUGGACGUGGACGUGGUCGUGGACGUACACGUGGACUUGGACGUGGACGUGGACGUGGACGUGGACAUGGACGUGGACGUGGACGUGGACGUGGACGUGGACGUACACGUGGACGUGGACGUGGACGUGGACGUACACGUGGACGUGGACGUGGACAUGGACGUGGACGUGGAGGAGGACGUGGACGUGGACGUGGACGUGGACGAGGACGUGGACGUGGACGAGGACGUGGACGUGGACCUGGACGUGGAGGACGUGGACAUGGACGUGGACGUGGACAUGGACGUGGACAUGGACGUGGACGUGGACGUGGACAUGGACGUGGACGUGGACGUGGACGUGGACGUGGACGUGGACGAGGACGUGGACAUGGACGUGGACGUGGUCGUGGACGUGGACGUGGUCGUGGACGUGGACGUGGACGUGGACGUGGACGUGGACGUGGACGUGGACGUGGACGUGGACGUGGACCUGGACGUGGACGUGGACGUGGACGUGGACGUGGACGUGGACUUGGACGUGGACGUGGACGUGGACAUGGACUUGGACGUGGACGUGGACGUGGACGUGGACAUGGACGUGGACGUGGAUGUGGACGUGGACGUGGACGUGGACGUGGACGUGGACGUGGACGUGGACGUGGACGUGGACGUGGACGUGGUCGUGGACGUGGACGUGGACGUGGACGUGGACGUGGUCGUGGACGUGGAGGUCGACGUGGAGGUGGACGUGGACGUGGACGUGGACGUGGACGUGGACGUGGACGUGGACGUGGACAUACGUGGUCUGGACAUGAACGUGGACGUGGUCAUGGACGUGGACGUGAACGUGGACGUGGUCGUGGACGUGGACGUGUACGUGGACGUGGACGUGGACGUGGACGUGGACGUGGACGUGGAGGUGGACGUGGACGUGGACGUGGACGUGGUCGUGGACGUGGACGUGGACGUGGACGUGGACGUGGACGUGGACAUGGACGUGAACGUGGACGUGGUCGUGGACGUGGACGUGGACGUGGACGUGGACGUGGACGUGGACGUGGAGGUGGAUGUGGACGUGGACAUAGACGUGGUCGUGGACUUGGACGUGGACGUGGUCGUGGACGUACACGUGGACUUGGACGUGGACGUGGACGUGGACGUGGACAUGGACGUGGACGUGGACGUGGACGUGGACGUGGACGUACACGUGGACGUGGACGUGGACGUGGACGUACACGUGGACGUGGACGUGGACAUGGACGUGGACGUGGACGUGGACGUGGACGUGGUCGUGGACGUGGACGUGGACGUGGACGUGGACGUGGACCUGGACGUGGACGUGGACGUGGACUUGGACGUAGACGUGGACAUGGACGACGUGGACGUGGACGUGGACGUGGACAUGGACGUGGACAUGGACGUGGACAAGGACGUGGACGUGGACGUGGACGUGGACGUGGACAUGGACGUGGACGUGGACGUGGACGUGGACGUGGACGUGGACGUGGACGUGGACAUGAACGUGGACAUGGACGUGGACGUGGACGUGGACGUGGACAUGGACGUGGACGUGGACGUGGACGUGGACGUGGACGUGGACGUGGACGUGGACGUAGACGUGGACGUGGACGUGGACAUGGACGUGGACGUGGACAUGGACGUGGACGUGGAUCUGGACGUGGACGUAGACGUGGACGUGGACGUGGACGUAGACGUGGACAUGGACGUGGACGUGGACGUAGAAAUGGACGUGGACGUAGACGUGGACAUGGACAUGGACGUAGACGUGGACGUGGACAUGGACGUGGACGUGGACAUGGACGUGGACAUGGACGUGGACGUGGACGUGGACGUGGACGUGGACGUGGACAUGGACGUGGACGUGGACAUGGACAUGGACGUGGACGUGGACGUGGACGUGGACGUGGACAUGGACGUGGACAUGGACGUGGACGUGGACGUGGACGUAGACGUGGAUGUAGAAAUGGACGUGGACGUGGACGUGGACCUGGACCUGGACGUGGACGUGGACAUGGACGUGGACGUGGACGUGGACGUGGACGUGGACAUGGACGUGGACGUGGACGUGGACGUGGACGUGGACAUAGACGUGGACGUGGACGUGGACGUGGACGUGGACGUGGACGUGGACGUAGACGUGGACGUGGACGUGGACGUGUGGACUUGGACACGUGGACGUGGACGUGUGGACUUGGACGUGGACGUGGACGUGGUCGUGGACGUGGACGUGGACGUGGACGUGGUCGUGGACAUGGACGUGGACCUGGACGUGGACGUGGACAUGGACGUGGACCUGGAUGUGGACGUGGACGUGGACGUGGACGUGAACGUGGACGUGGACCUGGACGUGGACGUGGACGUGGACGUGGACGUGGUCGUGGACGUGGACUUGGACAUAAACGUGGACGUGGACGUGGACGUGGACGUGGACGUGGACAUGGACGUGGACGUGGACGUGGACGUGGACAUGGACGUGGUCGUGGACGUGGACGUGGACAUGGACCUGGACGUGGACGUGGACAUGGACAUAGACGUGGACGUCGACUUGGACGUGGACGUGGACGUGGACGUGGACGUGGACGUGGAUGUGGUCAUGGACUUGGACAUGGUCGUGGACGUGGUCGUGGACGUGGACGUGGUCGUGGACGUGGACGUGGACGUGGACGUGGACGUGGACGUGGACGUGGACAUGGACGUGGACGUGGACGUGGACCUGGACCUGGACGUGGACGUGGACGUGGACGUGGACGUCGACGUGGACGUGGACGUGGACGUGGACGUGGACGUGGACGUGGACUUGGACGUGGACUUGGACAUGGUCGUGGACGUGGUCGUGGACGUGGACAUGGUCGUGGACGUGGACGUGGACGUGGACGUUGACGUGGACUUGGACGUGGACGUGGUCGUGGACAUGGUCGUGGACGUGGACGUGGACGUGGACGUGGACGUGGACGUGGACGUGGACGUGGACGUGGACGUGGACGUGGACGUGGACGUGGACCUGGACGUGGACCUGGACGUGGACGUGGACGUGGACGUGGACGUGGACGUGGACGUGGACGUGGUCGUGGACGUGGACGUGGACGUGGACGUGGACGUGGACGUGGACGUGGACGUGGACUUGGACGUGGACUUGGACGUGGACGUGGACGUGGACGUGGACGUGAACAUGGACGUGGUCGUGGACGUGGUCGUGGACGUGGACGUGGACGUGGACGUGGACGUGGACGUGGUCGUGGACGUGGACGUGGACGUGGAAGUGGACGUGGACGUGGACGUGGAGGUGGACGUGGAGGUGGACGUGGAGGUGGACGUAGACGUGGUCGUGGACGUGGACGUGGACGUGGACGUGGACGUGGACGUAGACCUGGACGUGGACGUGGACGUGGUCGUGGUCGUGGACGUGGACGUGGACGUGGUCGUGGACGUGGACGUGGACGUGGACGUGGACGUGGAGGUGGAUGUGGACGUGGACAUAGAUGUGGUCGUGGACUUGGACGUGGACGUGGUCGUGGACGUACACGUGGACUUGGACGUGGACGUGGACGUGGACGUGGACAUGGACGUGGACGUGGACGUGGACGUGGACGUACACGUGGACGUGGACGUGGACGUGGACGUACACGUGGACGUGGACGUGGACGUGGACGAGGACGUGGACGUGGACGUGGACGUGGACGAGGACGUGGACGUGGACGAGGACGUGGACGUGGACCUGGACGUGGAGGACGUGGACAUGGACGUGGACGUGGACAUGGACGUGGACAUGGACGUGGACGUGGACGUGGACGUGGACAUGGACGUGGACGUGGACGUGGACGUGGACAUGGACGUGGACGUGGACGUGGACGUGGUCGUGGACGUGGACGUGGUCGUGGUCGUGGACAUGGACGUGGACUUGGACGUGGACGUGGACGUGGACGUGGACUUGGACGUGGACGUGGACAUGGACGUGGACGUGGACGUGGACGUGGACGUGGACGUGGACGUGGACGUGGACGUGGACGUGGACGUGGUCGUGGACGUGGACGUGGACGUGGACGUGGACGUGGACGUGGACAUGGACGUGAACGUGGACGUGGUCGUGGACGUGGACGUGGACGUGGACGUGGACGUGGACGAGGAGGUGGAUGUGGACGUGGACAUAGACGUGGUCGUGGACUUGGACGUGGACGUGGUCGUGGACGUACACGUGGACUUGGACGUGGACGUGGACGUGGACGUGGACAUGGACGUGGACGUGGACGUGGACGUGGACGUGGACGUACACGUGGACGUGGACGUGGACGUGGACGUACACGUGGACGUGGACGUGGACAUGGACGUGGACGUGGAGGAGGACGUGGACGUGGACGUGGACGUGGACGAGGACGUGGACGUGGACGAGGACGUGGACGUGGACCUGGACGUGGAGGACGUGGACAUGGACGUGGACGUGGACAUGGACGUGGACAUGGACGUGGACGUGGACGUGGACAUGGACGUGGACGUGGACGUGGACGUGGACGUGGACGUGGACGUGGACAUGGACGUGGACGUGGUCGUGGACGUGGACGUGGUCGUGGACGUGGACGUGGACGUGGACGUGGACGUGGACGUGGACGUGGACGUGGACGUGGACGUGGACGUGGACGUGGACCUGGACGUGGACGUGGACGUGGACGUGGACGUGGACGUGGACGUGGACUUGGACGUGGACGUGGACGUGGACAUGGACUUGGACGUGGACGUGGACGUGGACGUGGACAUGGACGUGGACGUGGAUGUGGACGUGGACGUGGACGUGGACGUGGACGUGGACACGUGGACCCCGGUGAGAUUUUCAGCUGCUGUCAUGGCCACCCCCAAUGUUCUUACCUUUGACGCUGAGGGGAGGGCCAUUGACUUUGCCGUCUGGAUUGAAGACCUGCAGCUGUACUUACUGUGUGAUGCGAUAGAUGAGGUCUCUCUCUUUGACUUUGUCUCUGGCGCUGUCCCUGCCCCACCUGCUGAUGCUGACUCUGCCGUUCGCUCCAAGUGGGCGACCCGCGAUGCUGCUGCACGUCUUGCUGUGCGUCGCCACCUCCCUUCCUCUGAGCGUGCCCACUUUAGUCAGUGCAAGACCGCUCAGGCCUUGUACGACGCUGUAGUUGCACGCUACUCCUCCCCUUCCUCCGCUACCCUUAGCCGCCUCAUGCUACCGUUUCUCUUCCCUGACCUCGCUUCCUUUCCCACUGUCGCUGACCUCGUUACCCACCUCCGUGCUAGUGACACCCGCUACCGCGCUGCCCUUCCUGCUGAGUUCCGCGCUGCGAACCCUCCUCCCAUGUACAUCACUCUCUACUUUCUCGUCACCCGUCUCCCUGAGUCCCUUCGUGUCGUUAGGGACCAGUUUCUCUCUGUCUGUCCCACCACUCUCACUGGGUGUGGUCCUUCCCCCCUGCUGCCCUCUGUCGCCUCUGCCGCUGCGGCCGACCUCACUGGUUUUGAGUCGGUCGGCGCGGCGUCUGCCCCCAGCGGCAGACGCCGCGCUGGCAAGGGCAAGGGGGGCAAGGGAGCGGGUGGAGCUAGAGGGGGCGGUGGAGGAGGCGGUGGGGGUGGCGGGGGGAGUGGGGGUGGCGGUGGGGGUGGUGGCGGAAGUGGAGGUACUGGUGGCGGCGGUGGAGGCGGAGGUGGCGGCGGAGGUGGUAGCGGAGGAGGCGGUGGGAGCGGUGGGAGCGACGGUCCUGGUGGGGGAGGUGGAGGUGGAGACGGGGGUGGCGGUGGAGGCGGGGGUGGCAGUGGAGGCGGGGGUCGGAGUGGCUCGUCCCAGCGGAGCAGCUCCGGGGGUGGUCAGCGCCAGCAGCAACAGCAGCAGCAGCCGCAGCAGCAGCCACAGCAGCAGCAGCGCUCUCGCACCGUCCCCGCCCCUCAGCAGCUCCGUGAGUGGUAG